AUUGAAACAUUGUGCAUGUUUCAUCAUUGUGUGUGUGCAGGUAAUAGCCAGUGUGUAGAGGCCCUGCUGUCUCAUGGACAAGAUCCAGACUAUGAAGUGUCCCACUUGGGCUCUCCUCUGUACAUGAGCUGUCUACACCGACACCCUGCCUGCUCAAAGAUUCUGCUGCACAGAGGAGCCAGUGUUAAUGUAGGCAGAGGAGGGGACAGUCCUCUGCAUGCAGCUGUCAGACAGGACAGUGUUGAUCAGGUGUCGGUGUUAUUGGACUAUGGAGCUGAUGUCAACAUCAGAGACAGCAACAAUCAGCGACCUGUGGAGCUGGCACCUCCUGGUGGAAAAACACAACAGCUGCUACUGACAUUUGAAGUUUCUCCCAGGAGUCUCUGCCAGUUGUGUCGUCUCCAGAUCAGGAAUCUGAUUGGUCGAUCCAGACUGACGCUGCUCCCUCUCCUUCCUCUCCCUUCACUGCUCACUCAGUAUCUGGAGCACACGUAGGAUGAUGGGCACACAUGCAGCAUGCCAUUGAAACGCAACUACAAUUCAGAUGCCAUUUCCUUAACAUUUGAAAUUUAGAUUUGCCAAACCCCUUAUCAACCACUUUUCAUGUUAACAUGUCACCAUGACUUUAACUGAACGCUGUGUGGAGUGUGGCUACUGCAACACCAUUACACUGAAAUACAGUCAAGAUUUACACUGUACACUGUACUGUGGUGCAUAGUACACUGCCUUUGUGUUGCUCAAACUGACACAAUCUCUGUUUAAAUGUUUAUUAUAUAGAGAGAGAUACCUUUUCCCUUAUAGAUAAAUGUCUGACUAAUCCAGACUUUGGACUUUUGGCUCUGUAUGUUGUAAAAGCACAAUAUGUAAUUUUGUGAAUAGUGGAAUUUAUUUUCCCUCUGCACAUGCUGGCCUUCAAGUAUCUGUAUGGAUAUGUAAAUACCAAUAAAUGAUCCAUGGCAUGA